UAAGAGAUCGUUCGCUCUCGAGGAGGUUGUGCAUCGUAAUCCCACCCCGUCCACCAAACAAGUGAACGUCGUCUGUAUGUCUCUCUAUGAACAGUCGAACGCUCAAUAGUGCCGUAGUAAAUAGUACUAUUAAAAUCUUAGUUUUUUUUCUGUAUAUUUGGAGCGCAUGCGUGACUUAGUGACCCGCAAUAAAUUCUUCUGUUCCUCCUCUAAAAGAAACUAAAGAGUGAAAGUGAGUGUUCUAUGAGUGACAGGACAUGGCUGAGUUGAUGUGUCGCGCGGAGAUGGACGGUGCUCGUGAGGGAAGGGUUAAAAAAGCUAAUAAUGUGGAAGAUGGUAAAGAUGUGAACGAUGAUGGAUGUAAACAAUAUGAUGGAGUUUUAUGUAGUGAAAAUAUUCUUCAUGACGCAGGAAGGUUUAAAGGAAAUAAGGUUCCAUUUGAUGGUGGAAUUGAUCUGGGAGGAGAAGAAACACCACGACGCCAAAACUUCCCAGAAUGCUCCACCCAAACCCUGGAUCUCAUCCGGGAUCAACACCGGCAUAAACCUUGCCCCGCCAUCGCAAAUAACAAUAUCGAUAUCCAGAUUCGACCGACUUUGGUCCAGUCGCGAUCCAUAGGCGUCGGCACUACCGACGACCAUUGUGACGUCAUAACGGUUAACUGUCUGCCUUCGUGUAGUGAGAAUCAACCGAAACGCGCCGGGGUGGUUGAUGAGGAAACCGUGAUAAGGAGGAAAUCUUUAGUGCCUAUGAGCAGUAUGGAGGAGGAGAAUUUGAGGGAGAGGUUGCAUUUGGCUCACCUGAAGUUGUGCAGCGAGGUGGUGAACAAGGAGCAGAAGUAUACGAGGGAUGGGUUCAAGAGGUUGUUGCAGUCAAAGGAUUUAUCCGAGCUGCUAUUCAAGUUAUUCGACCAGGACAGGACUCAGAAUCUCACCCAGGAACAUUGGAUAGAAUUCCUGAAGCAGCGUAUGGUGAACGAGAAACAAAUAGACUUUGUAGAACAACUAGAAAGCGUUGCUUUCUGUUUAUGUGGAGAUGAUGUUAUAAAACCUCAUCAUUUCUAUCAAAUCUUUAAUGCAAAAGGGAUAAGUGAUAAAUUAUUCAGAUUGAUCGACGAAGAUAAUACUGGAACGGCAACGUCAGAAAAAAUUAUGGAGUUUUUAGCAACAGUAACCAAUACAAGACCACGAACAGGUAUAGACCAGAACAAUUUAAACCGAUUAGAACAACUUUUUCGACAGACGGUAUGCAAUGGCAAAGAAAUCUGCAGGGAGGAUUUCCAAAAAAUUGUUAUAUCGAAAAACCCCUUUUUUACUGAAAGGGUGUUCCAAAUAUUCGAUAAGGACAAUUCUGGAUCGAUAUCGCUGCAAGAAUUUCUAGAUGCGAUGCACCAGUUUGCUGGACAGACUCCUGAAGACAAAAUACGGUUUUUAUUUAAAGUCUAUGAUAUUGAUGGUGACGGUCUUAUUCAACACAAAGAACUACAGCAUGUAAUGAGAGCUUGCAUGGAAGAAAAUGGAAUGGAAUUUAGUGAAGAACAAAUUGAAGAUUUAACAGUCGCCAUGUUCGAAGACGCAGACACUAACAACAGAGGAGCCAUCACUUAUGAAGCACUAAAAAAUCAAUUGGAAAAACAUGGUGGUUUAUUGGAAAAUUUGUCCAUCAGCAUUGAUCGUUGGUUAGUACCACCUGCUGCAACAACCAAGCCAUCAACGUCAUUACUCAGAAAAAUAGUAUCAUACCGACCUUACUAUUUCACCAUACCAUACAUCAGGAAUAAUUUGGUUUAUUUGAGCUUCUUGUUUGGAUUUCUCUUAGUAAAUUUUGCUUUAUUUGUGUCCAGAGCAAUCCAAUACAGAGAAAGCAAUUGGUUUACAAUAUUUGCAAGAGCUUGCGGGCAAUGUCUUAAUUUUGACUGUAUGUUUAUAUUAGUGUUAAUGUUACGUCGGUGUAUUACAUUUUUAAGGACGCGAGGAUAUGGAGCAUUUUUACCAUUGGACCAACACAUUUAUUUUCAUAAACUCACUGGAUGGUUAAUAUUUGCUUUCAGUUUUUGGCAUUCAGUGAUGCACACCUUUAAUUUUAGUUUAGUGGUUGUAAACGAUCCAAAAAUAAACAGUAACAACUACACCACAGCGGAAUGGCUGUUUACAAGCAAACCAGGGUUAUUCGGCUUAAUUCCUGGAUGGGCCAAUCCAACAGGUGUUGCGCUGUUUAUUAUUCUGUUAGUUAUGUUUAUUUGUUCCCAAGCAUUUGUCAGAAGAGGUGGUUGCUUUGAGGUUUUUUACUGGACUCAUUUGAUGUACAUUCCUUUCUGGCUUCUACUCAUCAUACAUGGUCCUAGAUUUUGGAUGUGGUUUAUUAUCCCUGCCAUACUGUAUUUUGGAGAGAGAAUGUCUCGAAUUGACACUAUGUCGAACAAAGGUAAAACCUACAUUAGUUCGGGAUUGUUGUUGCCGUCAAAAGUAACCCAUUUGGUGAUCAAGAGACCUCCGCAAUUUGAUUUUCAUCCAGGAGAUUAUAUUUUUGCCAAUAUUCCUGCUAUUGCCAAGUAUGAAUGGCAUCCAUUCACUAUUAGUAGUGCUCCAGAACAAGAGGAUUACAUGUGGCUUCAUAUAAGAGGUGUUGGACAGUGGACUAACAGAUUAUACGAUUACUUCGAAAAAGAACAGGAAAAACUCCACAAUGGCCAGACAAAUAAUCGUCAAACAUGUUCAAGCGUGAAUACACAAAAUAAUGCUGCGGAGAGUACCAAUCAAACAGCUUUAUCUCAGAUGAAAGCCACCAUUACUAGAACACUAUCAAGGGAAAAAAGUAUCAAGAAGAAGACUGGUGUACAGCUAGUCGGGUUUUCAAAUGAUUUAAAUUUUGACAAUACUGCUGAUGGUCCACAGGGUGAUGCUACUUUUACAAUUGGAAAUAGUCCAGAUGUCUCUAAUAAAAGUAGACGUAUAACACCAGAAAGAAGACUCCAAAAAUUACUGUUCACGAAAAGAGCACCAUUAGAAAAAUCCUUGUCACUACCGGAUGUCCAAAAUAAUAUCAAAAAAAGGGAAAGGCUAUUAGCACUACGAGAAUAUAUGAGAUCUGAGUCAGAAAAAAGCUUUGAUCAAUGCCAAAUGAGGAAAGCUCGAAUGAAAUCAUUAGGACUUGCUUAUUUGAGCCCACAAAACAAAAGUCUGGCUCAAAGUUUCAGAUAUAUGAGAAAUAAGCCAACUAUUAUAGCCUUCAAAACACCUAGUUUAGAGAAUUGUGAGAAAAAGGAGAACACAUCAUUUAUAUCAACUAUAGGAGGUGAAAGUAACUAUUAUAGUCCCGAACGACAAGUAGAAGAAGGCCAAAGUUUUCAGCUUCAGGAUAUGACAGCCGCCGAUCCAAAACUGAAACCUUUAAAUUAUCCUGUAGGCAAACCAUUAGAAAAUAUUGGAGGGUGCUUAGGAAGAAGGGUUAGUGAUGAAAAUCUGAUAAUGAAGGAUAUUAAAGUGAAAUAUUCGGACAAGCAAGGGACAGAGAUUUUCUUAGAUGGACCUUAUGGAGCACCAUCUAGUCACAUAUUUAGAGCUCAACAUGCGGUACUUAUUGCGACCGGUAUAGGAGUGACCCCAUUUGCUUCCAUUUUACAGUCCAUAAUGCACAAAUAUUGGAAAGCUCGACAUACUUGCCCAAAAUGUACAUAUUCGUGGGCUUCCGACAUACCAGCAUCAAUAAUGAAUUUAAGAAAAGUUGAUUUCUUCUGGAUUAAUAGAAAUCAAAGAUCUUUUGAAUGGUUCGUGAAUUUAUUGUCUCAACUAGAAAUAGAACAAGCUGAACUAGGAGGUGCUAUGGAAAGAUUUUUGGAAAUGCACAUGUAUAUCACAAGUGCAUUACAGAAAACUGACAUGAAAGCUGUUGGUCUACAGCUAGCAUUGGAUCUGUUACAUGAAAAGGAAAAAAGGGACCUUAUUACAGGAUUGAAAACCAGAACCAAUGCUGGUAGACCAAACUGGGAUAGAGUUUUCAAACAAAUAGCGGAUCAGAAAAAAGGAAAAGUCACCCUGUUUUACUGCGGCCCUCCUCAAUUAGGGCGUAUUCUAAAAGUGAAAUGUGACCAAUAUGGAUUCAUAUUCAGAAAAGAAAGUUUCUAGUUAAUACUAUUUUUUUGUCUAAAUGUUGUAGAUAUUGUUUAUAAAUCGUUUUUGUAUGUAAGUUAGUGCGUAUUUCAAAAUAGUGUAUAUAUUUUCACAUGAUGUCUUUGUUGUAUACAAAUUAUAUCAUAUUGUAAAUAUUAAUGUUCUAACACGAUUUUCGGGAGGUAGUGGGUUCUAUAUUAUUUAUUUUUUCAUGUCUAUAUA